UUAAUUAAUUGGUAUUGGAUACAAUGACCGGGGAGUGGAGCGGAAUUACAAUGGAGAACAAACCCUAGUCGGCAGUCGCUGAGCAGUCUAAUAUAAAUUUCUGAAAACCCUACAUUUCUUUCAUCGUUUUCCCUUCAGCUGUCGAAAAUGUCGAAGCGAGGACGUGGAGGAUCAGCGGGUAACAAGUUCAGGAUGUCACUGGGUCUGCCAGUUGCGGCGACAGUUAACUGCGCCGAUAACACUGGUGCCAAAAACCUGUACAUCAUUUCAGUGAAGGGAAUCAAGGGUCGUUUGAACCGCUUGCCCUCUGCUUGUGUUGGGGAUAUGGUCAUGGCUACUGUUAAGAAAGGAAAGCCUGAUCUCAGAAAGAAGGUCAUGCCAGCUGUCAUUGUUAGACAGCGCAAGCCAUGGCGCAGAAAGGAUGGAGUCUACAUGUACUUCGAAGAUAAUGCUGGAGUUAUUGUGAAUCCUAAAGGUGAAAUGAAAGGAUCUGCAAUAACUGGUCCAAUUGGGAAGGAAUGUGCUGAUUUGUGGCCAAGGAUUGCAAGUGCAGCAAAUGCCAUAGUAUAAGAGUUUACACACUUCUCUUCCUGUGUCGAGAGUGAAUUUCGUGUUUUGUUAGGUUGAUGCAGGCUUUUAUUUCUUUUUUUUUGAAACCUUAGCAAAUUCUGUUUGGAUUUUGCAUGUGGUUAUUAACCAUAUGAAAUAGUUCUGAUGGUCUUGAUUUUUAUUGAUCUCAAAUUUUGUGGUUGUUGGUUCCUCCUUAAAA